AUGAAGCCAAAAAACUUUCAGAUUUAAGGGGAGUGCUUAGCUUAUACCUAUAAAAUAUAGAAUGGUGAGGAUAUGAGUAUGUUUUAUUAGUUAAUUAAUCAAUAAUAUUCAUACAUAAAAUAGCUUGGCUUCUCUAUUGCUAUUGGAUAGGAAUUUAAUUAGCAGGACUGUAACUAUUUAGCUCUCUCUUUAUAAUCUUUUAAACUUUUAGAAAAUCUUUACAUCAACAUUCCAUAAAAUUGCAAUAUAGGAAUUUUAGGAGCUAUUGAAUUAUCUUAAGGAUUUUAGUUUUGUUAAAAAUUAAAAUAAUUAAAAAUAGACAUAGGAUACUAAACCUAAAUAGGAUAAGAAGAAAUACUUUAUAUUGGUGAAGGAAUAGGUAGUAUUAAGAAUUUAGAUCAAUUGACCAUUUAGAUAGGAUAAAAUGAAAUUAAAGGUGGAUUUAAAAUGUUUGGAGAUUAAAUUGGAAAUUGCAAGAAUCUUACUAAACUGUUUCUUUAAAUCGAUAGCAAUCAGCUUCAAGAUGAAGGGACUUAAGGAAUAUCUUGUAUUUUAAAAGGAUGCAUUAAUCUCAAAAUAGCUUCAAUUAAGCUUUUUAGUAAUGAAAUUAAAAAAGAAGGGGCAUUAACAAUUAGCUAAGGAUUAUCUUAUUGCAAAAAUUUAGAGAAACUUACCUUAAUGAUAGGAGAAGAUAAUAUGAUAGAAUCAGCUGGUUUAGAAUACCUGGGUGAUGGUUUAAGAUAAUGCAAUAGACUUCAAGUUUUGAAAUUAUUCAUCAUGCCAUAUAAUAUGCUUGGAUACAAGGGCUACAUUAAUUUUUCAAAAUCUUUAUAAAAGUGCAAAGAAUUAAAAAUAUUUGAAUUUAAAUACUAAAACAUAACAGCAUCUGAAGUUAAGGACUUCCAAUAUUAAUUAUUUAAAGUAAGGAAACUAGCUAAGAUUAAUAUCAACAAAGAUGAUAAGUUUUAUUGA